AUGCUAGAAUGUCUGAAGGAAUGUCGAAAUGAAGUUCGAUCCCAGGAUCUCGAUAUCAAGGCUGCGGCUGUUUUGAAGCUUGUUUACCUCGAAAUGUUUGGUCAUGAUAUGUCCUGGGCUUCUUUUCACGUCCUAGAGGUUAUGAGUUCUCCAAAAUUCAUGCAAAAGCGUGUGGGGUAUCUUGCGGCUACCCAGAGCUUCACAAUAGAGACUGAUGUGUUGAUGCUUACUACUAACUUAAUCAAGAAGGCCCGUUUUAAUCUCCCGGAUCUUUCCUCACCAUACAUUCCUGAAACAGCUCUUGCAAUAAAUGGUACCUCGCAUAUUGCAUCGCCUUCUCUCGCUCGUGAUCUUUCCCCGGAUUUACUGUCGAAGCUUUCACAUACAUCCCCCCAUAUUAGGAAAAAGGCUGUGCUGGUGCUAUACAAAUGCUUUCUACAAUCCCCGGAACUCCUCCGGACAUCUUGGCCACGUUUACGGGAGUGUCUUAGCGAUGAGGAUGGAAGUGUUGUUUCAGCGACAGUUAAUGUUGUGUGUGAGCUUGCUCGGAGAAACCCAAGGAACUACUUGCCAUUAGCACCGCAACUCUUCAGACUGCUCACAGAUCGUGAGAACAACUGGAUGACGAUCAAAUUGAUCAAGCUGUUUGCUACUCUCACUCCACUGGAGCCCCGAUUAAUAAAGAAAUUAAUACCACCAAUAACCAACCUUAUCGUGACCACGCCUGCCAUGUCGCUUUUAUACGAGUGUAUAAACGGGCUAAUAUCUGGAGGCCUUCUGGCGGGUAUUCAGGAAACUGGCGAAGGGGAAGAACUGGCUUCCGUUUGCGUCACUAAACUCCGGGGGUUUUUGGUGGAGGAGGAUAGCAACCUAAAGUAUGUAGGGUUACUGGCCCUGACGAAGCUUGUAGCAACCCAUGCGCACCUCGUCUCGAUACACCAAGAUGUGAUCCUGGACUGCAUCGACGAUGCGGAUAUUAGUAUACGAUAUAGGGCGUUGGAGUUGGUGGUUGGAAUGGCCAACUCUGAUAGCUUGCCAGGUGUUGUGGGACGUCUCAUCCGCCAAUUAAAGCCUAACACCAAUCGCACCGAAGAGGAAUUUUACAAGCGAGCUGUUAUAGCCAGCAUCGUAGAAAUGUGCUCUCGGGAUAUGUAUGCGAACGUUGGGGAUUUUGGGUGGUAUCUAGAUGUGUUAGAGGGCCAGGAAGAGAAUGACAAGCAGGAUGUGGGCGAGGCCAUUGGAAAGGAGCUCCGGAAUGUCGCAGUGCGGGUACGGAGUGUCCGAGGGGAAGCUGCUCGAUAUGCUGAAAUGCUUGUUGGGAAACGGGAAGGAAUGUUUCCGGCCGCUGGCGGUGGUGGCCGCCGGGUACUAGGGGCAGCUGGUUGGAUCGUAGGGGAAUACGCAGGGCUACUUACCGAGCCCAAUGAAACCCUAUCAGCACUCUUACACCCUUCGUCGUCAUUACUACCAGCAGACAUAUUAGCUAUCUAUAUCCAAGCGGUUCCGAAGAUAUAUUCUGUUCUUGCUGGGGCAGAAAAUGCUCCAUGGGCGCCACCUCGGAAAUCCGCAGUCGCAUUACUGACAAGCAAGAUUAUCAAAUUCUUAGAACCCCUUGCCAUAUCUCCUAAUCUUGAAGUCCAGGAACGAGCCGUAGAGUUCCUUGAACUUUUCAGACUAGCAGCGGAAGCAGUAGCCCAACAACCAGCUACAACUGAAGACGCUGAUGAACAGUACGACGCUCCACUGCUCAUCACCCAAGUUAUCCCAGGAAUGUUUCUCGGCUUUGAGCUAAACCCCGUCGCCCCCCGAGCUCAACGGAAAGUGCCUCUACCAGCAGGCCUAGACCUUGACGAGCCAAUCAAUCCAUACCUCCAGCAACUGCUCUUAGAGUCUGAAAAAGACAGCUGUUUCGCCGGUGAAGACGAAGACGACGGCUUCCGGGAAUGGUACUACCAGAAAGCAAUCCCAAAACAAGCCAGUAUCCCCGCAUCUCUUGGUAUCGACAGCGCCGCAUUAAAGAACUUGUCCGCCGUUGCAAGCUACCAAAGCGGCGACAUGAAAGAAGAGAACUAUCUGGACAAGGACAUCCUCGAGCGCCGCAAGCGAGAACGCCGGGAACGAAACAAAGACGACCCAUUCUACAUCGGUAGCACAGUGGUAUCCGGCGGAGAUGAAGAAGUCGACCUCGAUAGCAUACCAGUUAUGAAACUCGACCUCGGAGACUCGAGGGUCCCUACCACACCACAUCCACAGCCCCGCACCUCCCAACCAAAAAAGCAGAGAGAGAAGGUAGUAAUAGCAGCAGAUGAAGGAAUCGAAAACGAGGGGGACGAAUCCUCAACAGAAGAAGUAAUAGAAAUAUCCAAACGGAAAUCGCGAAAAGGACUGCUCCAGGUGGAUAGCAGUGGAUUAAUGGGAUACUCCCUCGAUGAACCAUCUGACUCUGCGGCUAGGCAGGAGGAAGAUGUUAGAGUUGCGAGAAAAGAAGUCGAAAAAUUCAGAGCAGAAAUGGAGCGCGCGGCGGAGAGAGUUAGGGCUAGGAUUAGCACUGAAGAACCGAAAGAGAAGAAAAAGAAAAAGAAAAAGAAGGGAGAGGGAGGUGAUGGGGAGAGAAAGAAGAAGAAAAAGAAGACGGGAGAUGCCAGGGAGGGUGUGGGGGGAAAAGCUAAAAAGAAACUCAAGAGAGGUAAGGAAGACCAAGGGGAGGCUGCUGAAGCGUAG